UGAGAGUUGCUGGCUGGAUGUAGGGACGGGUUUGAGGUUUCUUCACGACGUUCAGCCUCCGCCCUCCCGCGCCUGAAAGGGCGUUGGAAAAAUUCGUGUCCUUUGCCUCCCAAGCCAGCGAAGGUAUUCCGGGCCGGAAAUUUUGGUGAAAGGAAACAUUGAACCUGCUGAGCUUUCUGAAGACACCUGCAAAAACUGAAGUGGUUUGAUUAUCAUGGAGAAUUACAAUGUACUAAUGGAACUUGGAGAAGGAUCAUUUGGUAGAGUCCUCUUAGUUCAGCAUAAAAGCACAAGACAGAAAUAUGCAAUGAAAGAGAUAAGACUUCCCAAGUCUGUCUUCAAUAUAGAAAAGUCCUGGAAUGAAUCUAUAAUAUUGGCUAAAAUGAAUCACCCAAAUAUUGUGAUGUAUGCAGACUCCUUUGAAGCUGAUGGACAUCUGCAUAUAGUGAUGGAAUAUUGUGAUGGUGGAGAUCUCCUACAAAAGAUUAAAUUUCAGAAGGGGAAAUUGUUUCCUGAAGAUACAAUACUUAAAUGGUUUGCGCAGAUAUGUUUGGGUGUAAAUUAUAUUCAUGAGAAACAUAUAUUGCACAGAGACAUCAAAUCAAAGAAUGUAUUUCUCACACAAAAUGGAAAAAUAAAACUGGGAGACUUUGGAUCUGCAGUUCUUCUUAAAAACCCCAUGGCAUAUGCUUGUUCAUAUGUAGGAACCCCUUACUAUGUGCCUCCAGAAAUUUGGGAGAAUAUGCCAUACAACAAUAAAAGUGAUAUUUGGUCUCUGGGCUGUGUUUUAUAUGAGCUGUGCACCUUAAAACAUCCAUUUCAGGCUAAGAGUUGGAAACAUCUUAUACUUAAGACAUGUAAAGGAUACUACAAUCCACUUCCAUCACACUAUAGCUAUGAACUUCACUAUUUGAUAAAGCAGAUGUUCAAGAUGAAUCCCAAGUACCGUCCAUCAGCUAGUACAAUUCUUGCAAGAAAGUGCCUGGCAAAAUGUAUUGGACAAUCUUCAUUUCCAGAGAAGGAGGAUGGUACGUAUGCAGGAAGCAAGAAUUCAGAAACAGAAGUCAUAUCCAAGAACUUCAGUGAAAUGGAAUUGAAGAAAACAAGUGUGGAUCAAAAAGAACUUCAUAGACAAAAAUGGGAAAAAGAAAGAUGCAGUACAGUGAUCAAAAUUUUAGAAAAUGCACCUUUACUUUCUUCCAGUAUUGCAACCAAGGAGGACACAGGUGGCUGUGUGAGAAAAUAUGAUGAAAAUGUCAAACGUAAACAGUGGAAUAAGGAACCUUCACAGACUUUGAUGAAUAUUCUUCACAAUGCUGAUGUUAACUUAGCUUUUAAGACAUACACUAUCUACAAAGCAGCCUCAGAUGACCUACUGAGAGGACCACUUACAGGAGAGAACAACGCAUCUGAUGAACCAGAUGGUGAAACUUUUAUGGAGGAUGCAGAGAGACUUGAACCUAGAUCAGAUGAAGAGGACACGGAUUUUGAAGCAGAAGAUGAUCCAGACUGGAUUUCUGAAUUGCAAAAGAUGAUCAAACCAAUGGAACUGAAGAAAGAAGUACAAAUAGAUAAUCCAGUAUCAGUGUAAAAACAUUGCUGAACCAUUUCAGAAACUAGGAGCAACAAACUAAUUGACACAUGAUUUCAGAUAUAUUUCUUUGAGAAAGCAAAUUUAAUUUGGGUUAUUUUUGUUGUAAAAAAGGUAUAGCAAUUACGUUCUUCUUAAAGAUAUUAAAAUGAGCAUUUUUUACACAGAAUUCUUUACUCAGUAUAGAAAUAUUCUGUCAAAAUUGGAAAUAUGUCAAAAUCAGAAGUGUACCAUAUUAGAGGGCAGACUAGAAUUAGCACAAUCUGAGAUAUAGAGAGCAAGAUAUGUUUUGCAAUUGUUAAUAAACCUGCUCAUUUCAAUUCUUCCUCAUUUCCAAAAUGA